AUGAGGAAGACAACCCUCCUCUGGGCUUCCGUGUGUCUGCUGCUCAGCGGUGCCUUCCGCCCCCUGGACGCUGCUCCUGAGAGGGAGGACGAGGAGGACGCGGACGGCACAGAGCGGCCCGACUUCUGCUUCCUGGAUGCGGAUAUGGGGCCCUGCGGCUUAUACUUCAAGCGCUACUUCUACAACCACCGCUCCGGGCGCUGUGAGGCGUUCGGGUAUGGAGGCUGCGAUGGGAACCUAAACAACUUCGAAAGCGAGGCAGAUUGCCAGCGCACCUGUGGGGACCCGGAUGACAGCACCCAGCCCACUGCCUCUUCCACUCCUGGCCCUGCCCAAAGGAAUGCCGGAGUCUCGGAUGACAUUGCCCAGCCCACUGCCUUCUCCACUCCCGGCCCUGCCAAGAGGAAUGCUGGAGUCUGGGGGCGGCCCGGCUUCUGCUUCUUGGAGAAGAGGAUGGGGCGCUGCCGCUUAUACUUCAGGCGCUACUUCUACAACCACCGCUCUGGGCGCUGUGAGGCGUUCGGGUAUGGAGGCUGCGAUGGGAACCUAAACAACUUCGAAAGCGAGGCAGAUUGCCAGCGCGCCUGUGGGGACCCGGAUGACAGCACCCAGCCCACUGCCUCUUCCACUCCUGGCCCUGCCCCAAGGAAUGCCGGAGUCUCGGAUGACAGCGCCCAGCCCACUGCCUUCUCCACUCCCGGCCCUGCCACAAGGAAUGCCGGAGUCUGGGGACAGCCUGGCUUCUGCUUCUUGGAGAAGAGGAUGGGGCGUUGCCGCUUAUACUUUAGGCGCUACUUCUACAACCACCGCUCUGGGCGCUGUGAGGCGUUCGGGUAUGGAGGCUGCGAUGGGAACCUAAACAACUUUGAAACCGAGGCAGAUUGCCAGCGCUCCUGUGGGGACCCGGAUGACAGCGCCCAGCCCACUGCCUCCUCCACUCCCGGCCCUGCCAAGAGGAAUGCCACAGUCUGGGAAGAGGGCGCGACAGUGAGCUGCCGCCUCAUUAGCCACCAGAAGGGUUGCUCCCUCUGCAAAGCCCACUCAGCACCACCCCUUACCGCCCCCCAGAGGCAGCCAGUGUUUCACAAUGUGUCUCAGACCAAGAAGCGUGGAAACUCCCAGCAGAGCCUACCCAGCCGCCCGGGUGACAGCCGAGCCUCACACUGA